CUCCUCGUUAUUCCGAGAUGGCCACAUGCUUGUCGUUCUCUUCUUCCGCUGAAUCUUCACAGCUUCACGUUUGCAGAAUAAUUGCGCCGUUCGACCCUAUAACUUGGAUGUUUCCAAUGCAAGCCUUCCCCGUCCGUGUCCAAUGUUGUUCGGCUCCUUCUUCUUCGCUCUGGUCGCCUUGGUCUCUGGCACUCCAACGUCGUCGACAGAAGACCUUGUCGACGGGCUGAGCAUCGGUCCCAUCUCUAAUAUCACUGUCGACAUUAGUCUGAAAUCUCUUGUCAAUAAUCUUGUCGACGUCUCGUUCACCGUCACCAAUUUCAUUCCUGCCGAACUCACUCUCGACCGUAUCGUCGCCUCCGCCGGUGUGAAUAAUACCGAAUACGCCGCUUUGGACCACAAUUUCACUCAGCCCCUUGUCAUACCCUUCUUCGGCCGUGCGGAUUCUGGUACCAUACAGAACGUGUUGCUUACCCAGGGGGCACUGGCUUCGCUCGAAAUCGUCCCGCUGAAGUAUUUGGAUUUGCUCAAUAUGACGAUGUAUAUGAGGGCGGCAACAGUUUCUGGUGCAAAUGGUAUCCCGUGGAACCUUACGGGACUCGAGCAGGAUGAUGUCACGACUACCUACAAACUUUCUUUGGGGUUGGAGGAAGGCGCUCCAUAAUACCUGG